UCAUGGCUGUUGACGUCGUUGCAUCGAAGCUCGAAAUAGCAAAGAAGAUGGGAGCCUCACAUGUCGUGAACGCUUCAAAGGAGGACAUCAAGACGAAGGUGAUGGAGCUCACACAUGGCGACGGCAUAGAACGCAUUAUUGAAGCCAGCGGGUCAGCGUCGCUCCUGAACGAGAGCUUCACGUGGCUCAGGAAGGGUGGACAAAUGAUGCUCAUUGGCGUUCCCAAGGCUCCCUUGCACGUUGAGAACGUCGUCAGGGAUGUCAUCCAGAAGUCCAUAACAUUGAAAUCCGUUCAUGGCAGGAGGAUAUUCGCAACGUGGCAAGCGUGCAAGUCGCUGUUGGCGUCGGGUGAGAUCGACGUCAGGCCGAUUGUAUCGCACGAGUAUCCGAUGUCGCAGUACAAAGAGGCUUUCGAUACCUUGUUUUCUGGAGACGCUUGUAAAAUACUGCUUGAUCCGCAGUCAUGAACAAUCUUAGAAUUUUGUAAUCACUGCCACAAGUCUACGCAAGGCUUAGACUACGAAAAAGAAAUGCCGCACGGCCAUAAAACUUUUUGGCGGGAAUUGACAACAGACUACAUCCGCUUCAGUAUAAGUACACUUUCCCGUGUUUUUUUUAUAAAUGCCUCAUAAUCAAAACGAUUCUGUUUUCAUUUCCAACAAUAUUACGUCAUUAAUUAUUUCUGUUCACUGGCCUGGAGACCUUCUUCAAUAAGAUACUUCAAUAAAGCACAAGAUCGUG